GUCCGUGGCUGUAGAGGUCGAUUUGAUUCAUAGGAAGUAAUCCAAGUCUAAUAAUACUACAAUGUCCACGUGCAAAACGGUCGUGUUGGCGGUGAUUUUUGCGCUGUACACGGGUAUCUCGAGGGGCCAGUGUCCAGCGAAGUGUAAUUGCAACGGAACUGUCGUAAUAUGCAGGGGAGAACAACUGUCAACCAUACCCCUUCCCCUACCGGACGCUACCUCCUUGGAUUUAAGCAACAACAUGCUCGCAUCACUACCGGAGGAUGCAUUUAAAGGUUGGCAGAUGAUAACGAAACUGGGCCUGUUUUCCAAUCGGAUACGCAACAUUUCCCGGGCGACGUUCAGGGGUUUGAUACAACUACAAACUCUGAUUUUAUCCGCCAACCAACUCGAAUCCAUAGACGACGGUCUUUUUGAAGGAGUGCCGAAUCUACAAAUACUGUAUCUGAAUGACAACCGGUUACGCAACAUUUCUCGGGAGACGUUCAAGGGCUUGACUCAACUACACACACUGUGGCUGGGAUACAACAUGCUAGGCAAUAUUCCUCGGUCAGCGUUCAGCGGCUUGACUCAACUAAAAGAACUGUCUUUAUCGGGAAACGGUCUCGAAUCCAUAGACGCCGGUGAUUUUGAAGGAUUGCCGAACAUAACCAAACUGCACCUGAGGGACAACCGGAUUCGCAAUAUUUCUCGGGCGGCAUUCGGUGACUUGACUCAUCUUAAAGAAAUUCAUCUCAAAAAGAAUCCGCUCGUCUGCGACUGCCAGCUGCGAUGGCUCAUUGAGACAUUUCAGGCCGGCAAGUCCAAUGUCAGAGUAUACGACGCUGUGUGUAGUGAGCCCGCGCACCUGAAGGGGCGUUACAUAAGGAACGUCACCCAAGCGGAUAUCAACUGCAGCACGCACGAUAUAAACGAGUGUACUCAUGCGCCGUGUAAGAACGACGCCACGUGCACUAAUCUUUAUUACACCUAUACUUGCACUUGCUCAUCGGGCUGGCAAGGCAACGACUGUGAUGAGGAUAUAAACGAAUGCGCACCUGUCCCGUGUAAGAACGGUGCCACGUGCAACAAUCUUCAAAACGCGUACUCAUGCACAUGCUCACCGGGCUGGUACGGCAACAACUGUGAUCAUGAGGUGUCAACAUCUCAAGCGCCGGGAUCACAAUCAACGUCCACAUCGACUACGGAAUCGUUGCCAUUUGUGUACAGCGGCAUUGGGCUCUGUGUCGGUGUGUUGGCUGUCACUGUUGCAGUUAUUAUCUUCAUAAAACAUAGAAGACGCAGGAGGCAUAACAUCCCCAGCUAUCCGAUGGCGGACCCAACACUCAUGACGCAAUGCAAUCCCUCUCCUAUAGAUGCUCAUCGUGAUGAACACGAGUAUGAGGAUGUAGAGGAUGUCACAGAAACAUGCCUUCAGUCUAACGUCCACCCAGUACAUGGCGCCACUAGCACGGACGAUGAUUACCUAAUACCAAUGACUGCAAAGCCUUCAAGAGACAUAUCACUACCACUGAAAACAAAGGACUAGCCGUAACGUUAAACGAGUGUCACU